AUGGCCUCUAAGAACCUCCCCGGCGAGCAACUCGCCGCUUCGGCGUACAACGAGCCCAAGAUCAAGCCCGAUGCCUUGGGCGCUGCAUUGAUAGGAGUCAACCUGGCCCUAGUGGCCAUAUGCGUUACUAUCAUCGGUCUACGCAUUUGGAUUAAAUUCUGGAUGUUCAGGUCAUGCAAGGUCUGGGGCGCGGAUCAUCUCCUCGCGAUAUUAGGUUUCGUUGGUGUCUCCAACCCGGGAAACAGUUACUCUGGCUAA